GCUUAAGCAGUGACAGCGGGUUGGGAGGCAGCACAGAUGGCAGCACGGACAUCCUGGUGUUUGGCUCGGUGGUGGACAGCGUCACAGAGGAGUGUGAGGUGUCGGAGGACUCGAGCGGUGAAGCUGAGCUGGAGGCAGAGCCGGAGACGUCAGAUCCGGAGGACAUUAGGGACCUUCAUCCUGGAGCGCUGCUCUGCAAGGCCUCAAAAGCUCGCAACCUGCCCGUCAUGGCUGAAGCACUGGCCCACGGGGCGGAUGUCAAUUUGGUCAACGACGAGGACGAAGGAAAGACGCCUCUCAUUCAGGCCGUGAUCGGGGGCUCGUUGAUCGCCUGUGAGUUCCUGCUCCAGAACGCUGCUGAUGUCAACCAAAGGGACGCGAGAGGGAGGGGCCCCCUGCAUCACGCCACGUAUCUGGGACACACGGGGCAGGUGUGUUUAUUCCUAAAACGAGGAGCGACACAGAAUGACGAAGAUGAGGACGGCCAGGACCCUCUGAGUAUAGCUGUACAGCAAGCCAAUGCAGACAUAGUCACACUGCUGCGUCUGGCCCGGAUGAACGAGGAGAUGCGGGAGUCGGAGGGACCCUUCGGACAGCCAGGUCAAUACCCAACCAGCAGCCCCACUGAGCAGCAGUAUAAGAAAUGCAUUCAGGAGUUUAUCUGUCUCACUAUAGCCGAGUGCUAGAGUCACGUCCAGUCAGGUUACAGUGCAGGGGGUGCCAGCAGACGUAUGGCUGACUGAGACGCGUCAGAUUAACUUCUUCUCUACAUCAGAUAAUAUCAGAAUAAUUCCUCUCCCCAGCACAGUCCGCUGACUUCACCCCCCAGCAGUCAGCUCCUCACUCAGGAUCACACAACUCAGUACUAACCUCCUUUAAUGAUGUCAGAUCUGAUGGUGAUCUUAUCAGUCCAAUCACAGCAGAGCUGAGAAAUCACUGCCGAGAAAAAUCCGCCACCUUUUUCAAACCUUUAUCCAGCAGCACUUUUCUCAAGCAAUCAGUAGACCACAGAUAAAGGCGUCAGCAGUAUAUUUGUUUAUUUUUCGAUGGUACAGGGUGCUCUGAACCAAAGACCUGCCCCAGCUCAUCUGUCCCAGUUAUUCUACGUUUAAUUUCAUCAUGUGACUGAGUUUUUGUUAUCGUAGUGAAAAGUGGAAAAAAGCUAUUUCAGGCGCCUCUUGUUCCGUAAGUAAAAGUCCCAUUCAUUAUUCCCAUAGACGUCGUUACACGACCACUUCUGCCACUUUGAUUAGCGAGACAAUCUACCGCUUCAGUCAUAAAUCAUGUAGUUAAAAUCUGCAUGAAAAUAUAUGUGGUGCAUAAAGAAAACAUGCAUAAAGACUUUGUGGGUUGAAGUUGACUACAACUCCCAAGAUGCAUUAAAUCAAGAAGCAUUCAAUCACAGACCUUUAAUUCAGAUUUUACUGUUUGAAAGUUCACUUUUCAUUUCUGGAUCACUUUUGGGUGAAUUCAGCAGCUCUGGCACUAGAUUUUCUUUCCAAGCAAAAAAUUUUGAACUCAUUACCACCUUUGUUUGUGAUCAGCUCAAUGGCAACAGCAGCUGAGACUCAUGGGUAUUGUAGUAUUUUGAGUUUUCUUCCAUACCAAAAACGUUGAACAAAAACAUAACAAAUUGAAGUAGAGAUAACUGAAAUUAAUCUGGCAAAAAUAAUAACGUUGCACUGAGAGAAUAUAGUUGACUUUUCGAUUUUAGUG